CCCCGCGGACGGCGGCUUCGCCUCGGGAUUUGGGCUCCGCCUCCGAAGGCCCACCUGUGUGGUCAGGAUAGGCAUCUCAGCAUGUCCGAGCUUCAGUCUUCUCAUGCGCAUAAGAGGAACAAUAACCACGUUAAAUGAUUGUCCGGAAGGUAUAAUCUAUCACGCCCUCUCUCAGAAAGAGGCAGAAGAGCUUGAUGUUCAGCGCCCAGGAGCCCCACGGGCCGAGGCCUUCGUGCAGGCCUUCCUGAAGCGCAGCACGCCCCACAUGAGCCCUGAGGCCCGCAAGGACCAGCUGCAGCGCAAGGCCGUGGUGCUGGAGUACUUCCCUCGCCGGAAACAGAAGGAAAAGAAGAAGAAACCCAGGGGCCUCUCUGCCCGGCAGAGGAGGGAGCUGCGGCUCUUUGACAUUAAGCCAGAGCAGCAGAGAUACAAUCUCUUUCUCCCUCUGCAUGAACUCUGGAAACAGUACAUCCGGGACUUGUGCAACGGCCUCAAGCCAGACACGCAGCCCCAGACCAUCCAGGCCAAGCUGUUAAAGGCAGAUCUUCACGGCGCUAUUGUUUCAGUUACAAAAUCUAAAUGCCCCUCCUACGUGGGUGUCACAGGGAUCCUUCUACAGGAAACCAAGCACGUUUUCAAAAUCAUCACCAAAGAAGACCGCCUGAAAGUGAUCCCCAAGCUGAACUGCGUGUUCUCCAUGGAAACCGACGGCUUCAUUUCCUACAUUUACGGGAGCAAAUUCCAGCUUCGGUCAAGUGAGCGGUCUGCAAAGAAGUUCAAAGCGAAAGGAACCAUUGACCUGUGAGCGUUUGCUGCCCAAGGCAGCACCGAUGAAGCGGAAACGCAGGCCCGACACCCAGCUCGUGGAGAGAGGGGCAGGCAGUUCUGUACACACCACCCCAGCCAGGGAGCCAGGGUGGGAACAGUUCAUCGCUUGGGAAGAGGCA